CUUUUCUAUCUAAAAAAAGAAAAGAAAUUCUCCAAGCGGAAGUCUAUUCCUUCAUUCAUUCAUAAUUAUCGAAGAAGAGCCAAAAUCGGCAUCUCGGAAGUAGUGGAGGAUGAUGCCAAUCCAAUAUGUAUGCGCUAUGUGGUUUAACUCAAUUAGUUAAUUAAUUCGACGGUAAUAAACCAUCUUGCCCCUUUCACCCAUACUUCUUUCCCAUAUUCUAUGCAAUAUAUACCUCCUUCACAAUCAAAUAUUCCUUUUUUAAUUAUGCAUUACGGAGUAUUUAAUCAUAAACAAACAUACACAAAUUGAAUUAAACAUGAUCAGAGUCGCCAUCGCCGUCGCCGUCACCCUCCUCCUCUUCACCCUUUCACCGUCGCAGGCUCGCAUUCAGAUCAGAAAACCGAAGUAUGGCGUCAGCAUUCACCAGUUCUCCAAUCCCUUUCCGGAACAUGACGUCAAGAGCGUUCUUCGCCUCCCUAGCGAAAUGUUGGCCCAGCCCGAUAAAGUCGACCAACAAAAUGGGCCUAUUGAGAACCAGCCCGAGUCUAAUGCUGAGGUGGAGAAAAGGCCCACAGAACAUUCUUCGGAUUCAAACGGCCCGGUAAAUAAACAUGUGGAGAAUGAUCAGAAAAUUGAGCACCAGCCCGAGACCAACAGCGGCGAAAAUAGACCUCUCGAGCAACAUUCCAACUCUAAUGAGGCCGUAGAAGCCCAUCCUGAUUCAAUUCAUGAGCAUAAGGAGCCCACUAAAGGCAGGCCGGAAGUAAAUGACGAUGAAGCACAGACCAAGCCCAACAAUGAGAAAGUCCGUCCGGUGGAGCCCGAAGCAAAAGACGCCGCCGCAGUGGAGGGCAUGCCGUUUAACAGAGCCGGUUUCCGUCCGAUAAACCGUCAAUUCCGGCUGAGAUCAGGUAUCCCCUACCGUCUAUGCCGCCACAACCACCUCCACCACAUCGAAGAAAUCAUUCCCGACGAAUAUCACGUCAAAAUCCCCUUUGGAGAUGGAAUGGCGCUCUCGUUCGCCGGAAACGGCGAUUUCAAUCAGGAGGUGUUCCACGGCGGACGUGUCCAGCCGAAUAUGUUCCCGUUCCGAAACCACCAUCACCGGCACCACGAUUUUAACGAGGAGGUGGUUUCAAUUUCAAGCCGUCAGUCGGAAAACGAGCAUGGCAGCUAUAGCCACGUCACGCCGAAGUGGGUUAAGUUCCUGCCGCACCUCCACCAGAACCACGGUCCCCACCAUCUCCACCAACAUGAAGACGAGGUCACGAAAAGUUCGCCGGAAAACGGCCACGACAUGAAUUCCGAGAAUUUGAACCACGGGGGCGGUGACCGUGGAGAAAAGGCGGAGGAGGCGGAGGGGUACGGAAAUGAACAGAAGGAAAGCUAUAUCCAGAAGCAAUUCCGCAAAAUGUUGAAUCAAUACUUCUGAAUUUGAAGAAGAAUGCCAAUUGCUGCUCUGCUUCAAAGAAUCAAAGGUGCAAAUCAAUUUUUGGAUUUGAAUUAAUCUUCAUUUUGUAUUGCUUGUUCAUAGUUUGUAAAUAAAAAAUCGCAUCCGUGUGUGAUGUAGAUGAUGGAAGAAGAAAUUGACAAAUGUAUAUAUACACUCCGAGUUUAGGAGCCAGCCAUGUAAAUCAUAAUGCAGAUUAUAAACUUUUCCCAUGUAACAAAAAAAAAACAAUGCAGGUUAUAAUCAUAUACUCAGUGUAUAAUCAUCCUAUUUAGAAUC